GGGCAGGUCAACAACAACAUUUUAAUCCGGAAGAAACUCCUGCAUCAUGAAAACAAACCAGCGGCUCCAGGGUUAAAACUCCCCACGGUCUUGGACUCAGUGACUGCUUCCUGUCUUCAAUGUGAUGUCACGACCACAUGACUGAACUGUGGUCAGGAUGGAUGACUGUAUGAAGACUCAGCUGGUGAGCGCCAUCCACCUGCAGGAGGUGGAGCUGCAGGAGAAACCUGCAGAUGAACCACAGGGCUCCAAGAACAACAACAACAACAAUGAUCAGACCUACACAGUGGAGGAAGCCGUGGAGACGAUUGGCUUCGGUCGGUUUCACAUCCUGUUGUUUGUCAUCAUGGGAAGUUCAAAUAUCGUGGAGGCGAUGGAGAUCAUGCUCCUGGCUGUGGUCUCACCUGAGAUCAGGUGUGAGUGGCAUCUGGAGAACUGGCAGGUGGCUCUGGUCUCCACGAUGGUGUUCCUGGGCUUCAUGCUGUGUGGAGUAGUGGGCGGAUACAUCGCUGACAGAUACGGACGCUGGAAGGUGGUGUUUGGAGGUUUUGUGUGGAGCGCCUACUUCUCCCUCCUCACCUCGUUUGCUCCGUCCUACAGUUGGUUCAUCUUCUUGCGCAGCAUGGUCGGCUGCGGGGUCGCAGGAGUGUCACAGGGGUUUGUGUUGAAGACCGAGUUCAUCCCAGCGAAGCACCGAGCCUACCUACUGCCUCUGGCCACUGUCUUCUGGAUGCUGGGCUCCAUGCUGAUCAUCAUCCUGGGGAUGCUAGUGGUUCCUGUUCUGGGCUGGAGGUGGAUGAUCCGGAUGUCUGUGACUCCCAGUGUCCUCCUCAUCUUCCUCUUCAAGUUUAUUCCAGAGUCGGCUCGUUACCACAUGUCGGCAGGAAACGUUCAGGCUGCUGUUGAGAUUCUGCAGAGAAUCGCUGACAUGAACAGAGCUGCUCUUCCUCCAGGUCGACUGGUGGAGCCCGCUCAGAGAGAAAGAGGAAACUGGAGGAUCCUGCUCAGUUCCUCCUUCAGGAGAACGUCUCUGCUGCUGUGGUACUCAUGGUUUGUGGCGUCCUUCGCGUACUACGGUUCAGUCCUGAGCAGCUCCGAGCUGCUGGAGAAGAACCUGUUGUGUGUGACGGAUGCUGACCAGGAACAUCAGGUCAAACACCGCCAAGAGGACGGACUGUGUUACUGCAUCCCCUUCGGACUCAGCGACUACCAGACGCUGCUCAUCAGCUGCCUGGGAGAGGUGGCCCUGGUCCCAGUAAACAUCUGUCUGCUGAAUGUGUUUGGACGGAAGAUGAGUCUGGCGGUGCUGCAGCUGCUGGCGGCCAUUGUGUUCAUGAUGGUCAACAUCUGCACCACGAUGUUUGGGUUCACAGUGCUGCUGUUCCUGCUCCGGUCUCUGGUCUCCAUGAACUUUAAUGUUGUCUAUAUUUACACAGCUGAGGUGUACCCCACCGUGGCUCGGUCUCUGGGGAUGGGUUUCUGUACGUCGUUCAGUCGGAUCGGAGGAAUGAUUGCUCCGUUUAUGGCUCAGGUGCUGAUGUCUCAGUCGGUGAUUCUGGCGCUCACUCCGUUCGCUGUGGCCUGUGUGGUCUGUGCUCUGGGAAACUUCCUGCUGCCGAUAGAAACUAAAGGACGAGCUCUGCUGCAAAACUCUUGAUGACGUGUUUGUUUUAUUGUCAUGUGAUGUUAGAAAUUAAAUAUGUUACUGAAGUCAGGUGUUACUGUGCAGUUUAUCAUCAGACUGAAAUUAAUCAAUUAAUUAUCAAUGAAAUCUGGAUCGUUAGAGAUUAUGAAUUUAUUCUGGUUUAUUACUGGUGUAUCGUUAUUAAAGUUACGUUUGUACCGUUAAAUACUUUAUUCUGUAUUCUCCUAAUUUCAUGUUACAUGAAUUAUUAAUGGGAUCAUGUGACCAACUAUUACUUCAGUUAAAAAUAUCAAUUCUUGUGUCACUGUUGUAAUAACAAACUGGAGUCAGCUGUUUUAUACAACGAUUCAGUUCUUAUGUUUCAUGUAUUUAGAAGUUGGACAUUUUAUUGUUGUGCUGAAAGUUUAAAUUUUGUUUUUUUGAAA